AUGCCGAAGCAGAGUUUGUCCAGUGUUACACAAUGGAAGAUUGAUGAUAAGCCUGUGAAAAUCGACAAAUGGGAUGGAUCAGCUGUGAAAAAUUCUUUGGAUGAUUCAGCUAAAAAGGUACUUCUGGAAAAAUACAAGUAUGUGGAGAACUUUGGUCUAAUUGACGGUCGCCUUACCAUCUGUACAAUCUCCUGUUUCUUUGCAAUAGUGGCUUUGAUUUGGGAUUAUAUGCACCCCUUUCCAGAGUCCAAGCCUGUUUUGGCUUUAUGCGUCAUAUCCUAUUUUGUGAUGAUGGGAAUUCUGACCAUUUACACCUCGUAUAAGGAGAAGAGCAUCUUUCUUGUGGCUCACCGGAAAGAUCCCACAGGGAUGGAUCCUGAUGAUAUUUGGCAGCUGUCUUCCAGUCUCAAAAGGUUUGAUGACAAAUACACCCUGAAGCUGACCUUCAUCAGCGGGAGAACAAAGCAGCAGCGAGAAGCUGAGUUCACCAAGUCCAUCGCAAAGUUUUUUGACCACAGCGGGACACUGGUCAUGGAUGCAUAUGAGCCUGAAAUAUCCAGGCUCCAUGACAGUCUUGCUACAGAAAGAAAAAUAAAGUAGCCGAUUCUGAACACAGCCCACUUUCUGCUGGAUCAUGCUGAAUUGCUGGGUUGGGGGAGGUGGGGGGAGAAGCAGAACUUACAAUGGGUAAAGUAAGAACUGUUAAAAAUGUCCCUGUUUUAUCCUGCAACUUUAAUCCCUUCUGGAUAAGUAGGAUUUUCUAGAACAGCUGUGAGGAGUUGUACUUCUGAUGUCUAGCUGUAGCCUCCUUAGUCUGCCAAAUGCAUUCCAAUUUGCUUUUCUGGAAAAGCAUUUUGGCUCAAAGUCAAACAGCUUUUCCCUUUAUAUCUAGUACUCUAUAUAGGAUAGCUUUGCCACGCAGCAUCUGAAGACUUCGUUUUUAAAAUUACCCUGUUGUUGACUGUGUUAAUUUCUGCUUCA